ACACACACACUCCCAUCAUCUCCUGUUACAGAAAAAGAAAAAAAGAAACCCUUGUUUUGCUUCCAUUGCAGCACAGCACACACCCAAACCCUCAUGCCUUGUCGGCGAACCAACCCAACCCAUUGAGCUCGCAGAAACCUGGCCUCUAUCAAUUAAAUUAUGUACGUGGUACCUCCACCUCAGCGAUCGAAUCCGGGUUCAGGAUCCGGUGAUUUGCGGGUUUACCAAGCAUGGAAGGGUAGUAAUAAAUUUUUUCUUCAGGGCAGGUUCAUAUUUGGUCCAGAUGUAAGAUCGUUGGCCCUGACGUUUUCUUUUAUCAUUGUUCCUGUUGCAGUUUUCUGUGUCUUUGUUGCCAGAAAACUGUUAGAUGAUUUUUCUGAUCACUUGGGGAUAACCAUAAUGGCCGUUGCUGUUGUAUUCACAAUUUAUGUGCUAGUUCUUCUCUUGUUAACAUCUGGCCGAGACCCUGGCAUAAUUCCACGCAAUGCACAUCCUCCCGAGCCAGAAGGUUUUGAAGGUAGUCUAGAUGUUGCAGCUGGUCAAACUCCUCAAUUGCGGUUGCCUCGCAUUAAGGAGGUUGAGGUCAACGGAAUUACUGUUAAGGUGAAGUAUUGUGAUACUUGCAUGCUCUACAGGCCUCCUCGGUGCUCUCACUGCUCAAUUUGUAAUAAUUGUGUAGAACGGUUUGAUCACCAUUGCCCCUGGGUUGGGCAGUGCAUUGGGCUGCGUAAUUAUCGCUUCUUCUUGAUGUUUGUCUUCUCAACUACGCUACUUUGUAUAUAUGUUUUCGCAUUUUGUUGGGUCUAUAUUAGAAGAAUUAUGGAGUCAGAGGAGACAUCAAUUUGGAAGGCAAUGAUCAAAACACCUGCCUCCAUAAUAUUAAUUAUUUACACCUUCAUAGCGAUGUGGUUUGUUGGUGGUCUUACUGCCUUUCAUUUAUAUCUGAUAAGUACAAAUCAGACUACGUAUGAGAACUUCAGAUACAGAUAUGAUCGACGUGCCAACCCAUAUAACAAAGGAGUGAUCAAUAAUUUUAAAGAGAUAUUCUGCACUAACAUUCCCCAAUCAAAGAACAAUUUCAGGGUAAAGGUGCCAAUGGAACCAGCAUUACCUGCUCGAGCAGUGGGUGGAGGCGGCUUUAUGAGCCCAAGUAUGGGAAAAGCUGUUGAGGACAUAGAGAUGGGUAGGAAAACAGUGUGGAGCGACAUGGGAACUGGCAUCGAUCAUUCUGAAGGUCAAUUAAACGAACGCUUAGCUAUAAAGGAUGGAGAGUUUGGUGAAUUGUCUCCAGAAAUUAGGACAACAGUAGAUGACAUAGGUGAUCGUGCCGGAAUACAUCCCAGGAGAUCUAGCUGGGGAAGAAAAAGUGGAAGCUGGGAAAUGUCCCCUGAAGUUCUUGCUUUGGCAGCCAGGGUUGGGGAACCAAGUCCUGUGGGUGGAGGUAGCAGCAGUUUGAGCACUGAGAACAGGCAUGCAUAGCCACUGAAAUGAAUAGCCUGGCCAAGGAUUUUAUUGGCAGUAAUUAAAAGAUAACACUUGUCAUGUGGUAAC